UUCUUUUUUUGUCUUCUUCUUCUUCUUCUUCUCAGCCCUGGAAGUAUUCUUUUCUCCACAACACAAGGACGUGUUUCUGUAGCUAUACGCGAAGAGCGACCUCGACUUUAGUAGACAUGUGUAUGAGAGGAGACUGUCAAUUUAAGACCCUCUUCGCGGUUCUGGUUCUGACUGCUGCCGUGGCCCAAAUACACGGACAAGGUCCAAAGGAAAUCAACAGCAUCACCAAGAGGACAUUGGACCCAGACAGGGACUCAUCAACACUGGACAGAGAGAGUGAAGUCCACACUGUCACCACUGUCUCACCAGUGAAUAUCCCCAACCACCAGCCUGUCUUUAAGGGCCUGCUGCUUCAUGAACACCUACUUACAAGGGACUUCCAAGGGGAUGAGCACUUUUUUAGAAGGGAUGGCUCUGUGGCUGCAUAUUCCACCAUGCCGGGCUCUGUGUCUGCCUUAGAUGCAGGGCACCCUAUCACUCAACUUGUGCCCCAUGAGGAUGCCCCAGCCUUCUCAGACAUUGCCACUACUGCCACUGCAGCUGCCACCUCCCCGCUGACUACAUUUUUUCCCACAACACCAAGACCACCCAUGUCUCUUCCCCAAAAGAAGCUCCCUAAGGAGAAGACCAGGGGAGAAGACAAGGUAGAACCAACAACAGACUCCUUCACCACUCAAGUGACCCCAAACAAUAGAGGUUCUUUAAUUGAAAAUGACCCGGUGGCUUCCUCACAGAGAAGUCAAUCACAAAGUUUCAGCGCUUUUCCUGCAGAGGCUACUCCCGGACCUUCCUCAAUGAGGAUGGAGAAAGAGGAAGCUAGAGACACAACAGGGAAAAACAAAACCAGCCCAGAUCAUCCGCUACGCAACCCAACUUCAGUAUUUCGAGAAGGUAUGACCACGACAUCCACAACCGUUACCACAACCACCACCAUGCAAACAGAGCCAUGCAGUCUGAAUUUCACUGACCCUGAGGCUAACAUCGAAAUCCUGCAGCAACUUGACUCUGGAGUGGAAUGUAACUACUUGGUUACCGUCUACCUGGGAUAUGGCAUUGAGGUUCAGGUGUUAAAUGUGAGUGUGUUGGAGGGGGAGCAGGUGACAGUGGAGGAUACGGGUGGCCGAGAACCUUUCAUCCUCGCCAAUGAGUCCGUCUUGAUGAGGGGCCUCGUGCUACGCAGCUGGAGCAACCAGAUCUCCAUCAGAUUCCGGAGUGACCAACUGCACAACUCCGGAUUCGUCCUGCUGCAUUACCAAGCCUUUGUGUUGAGCUGUGCAUUCCCCAAAGAGCCCGCAGGUGGAGAAGUUUCUGUGACGCACCUCCAUGCUGGCGGCGAGGCCUUCUUCAGCUGUUUCACCGGCUACAAGUUACAAGGCCCUAAAAUGCUCACCUGUCGCAAUGCAACCGUACCUUACUGGAGUGGAAAGGAGCCCAGAUGUGUGGCAUCCUGUGGGGGAAUGAUAAAAAAUGCCACCUAUGGACGUAUCGUCUCUCCUGGUUUCCCUGGCAACUACAGCAACAAUCUGACGUGCCACUGGGUCCUAGAGGCCCCCGAAGGCCAACGGCUCCACAUUCACUUUGAGAAGGUGGCUCUGGCAGAGGACGAUGACAGGCUGCUCAUUAAGAACGGCAACAACAUAGACUCUCCCCCUGUGUACGACUCUUAUGAGGUAGAGUAUCUGCCCAAUGAGGGUGUGCUCAGCACUGGACGUUACUUGUUUGUAGAGUUCACCACGGACGGGACGAUGACCUCCACCGGUGCAGCCAUCAGAUACGAAGCUUUUGCAAAAGGUAUGUGCUAUGAGCCCUUUGUGAAGUACGGCAACUUCAGCAGCAGUGACUCCACCUACAGUGUCGGAGCGGUGGUUGAAUUCUCAUGUGACCCUGGCUAUACGCUGGAGCAAGGCUCUGUCGUGAUUGAAUGUGUGGAUGCACAAAAUCCACAGUGGAAUGAGACCGAGCCGGCUUGCAGGGCUGUGUGCAGCGGGGAGAUCACAGACUCUGCCGGUGUGGUGUUGUCUCCUAAUUGGCCUGAGGCCUAUGACAAGGGGCAGGACUGCAUCUGGGGUAUCCAUGUGGAAGAGGACAAGAGGAUCAUGCUUGACAUCCAAGUUCUUCAUGUUGGGAAGAAUGACCUGCUGACCUUCUAUGAUGGUGAUGACCUGACAGCCAACAUCUUGGGCCAAUACAGCGGCACGCGGCCACACUUCAAGCUCUACACCUCCAUGGCUGAUGUCACUAUUCAAUUCCAGUCAGAUCCUGCCACCAAUAUCUAUGGCUACAACAACGGCUUUGUAGUCCACUUCUUUGAGGUGCCGAGGAACGACACCUGCUCUGAGCUGCCCGAGAUCACCAACGGUUGGAAGAGCACGUCCCACCCCGACCUGAUCCACGGCACCGUCAUCACUUACCAGUGCUACCCUGGGUUCGAGCUGGUGGGCUCCGAGAUACUCAUGUGCCAGUGGGAUCUCACUUGGAGCGGUGAUGUGCCGAGAUGUGAGGAAGUUAUGACAUGUCAAGACCCUGGGAAUGUGGAGCACAGUCAAAAGAUGCUCACGGGCAACCGCUUCACCGUUGGAUCGACGGUACGUUUCGUCUGUAAUAAAGGCUACGUCCUGUCCGGCAACAGCCUCCUCACCUGCUACAACCGAGAUUCAGCUACACCCAAGUGGAGCGAGAGGCUGCCCAAGUGUGUCCCUGAAAAGUACGAGCCAUGCAGGAACCCUGGCGCUGCCUCCACCAGCGUCCAGAGCUCUGAAAAGGCUUUUUACCAAGCAGGCGAGAUGCUGACCUUCUCCUGCCACUCAGGCUACGAGCUGCAGGGUGAGGCCACCAUCUACUGUAUCCCUGGGCAUCCAUCACAGUGGAAUAGCACUCCACCCUCCUGCAGAGUGUCCUCGGCCCAAUAUGUGAAUGAACGCAGGCUAGAUGUUGUUAAUAUGGAUUAUGGCAUGGAGGGAACCAAUAUCGCCCUUGCCGUUUUUAUUCCAACUGCAAUCAUCUUGGUGGUUGUCCUCGGGAUUUAUGUCUACUUUUCAAAACUCCAAGGGAAGUCGAUCAGAAUGCCGACGUCCUCGCCGCCGUAUGACAACAUGACAGAAGAGUCAGCCUUCGACAACCCUGUAUAUGAGAGCGGACGCUGGCCGUCUCAUUCUAGAUAUUAAACCCUCUCAGACUGUCCACAUUGGCUUUACUGCUGAAGAACUAUGAGGUGAGAUCUCCUCCUCCUCCUGAUGCGGAGAACACAUCUCAUGUCACCUGACCCUUCUGCCAUAUAGUUUUGACUACAUCUCUCAACUGAUGUGGUUUCACCGCAGAACUUCAUUUGGCACUUUGUAUUAUUAUUAUUUUUGUAAUCAUGCAAUCAUUCUGCUCUUUCUUGUACUUGUACAUUUGUUGUCUAAAAACACAUUUCUAUAUUUACAGACCACCCCGUGUUUACAGAGUCUGAAACACAAUGUAGGCACAGUUAGGAGACAUGUGGUCUCUUAAAAGUUUGUUUAUGCUAAAAUAAUGAAUUAAAAAUUACAAGAAGAAUUGGAAAACUCUCCACCUUUAUAUAAAGUAUCUGAUAUUUUUGGUUUCAGUCUAAAAGGCUUUAAGCUACUUUUCAAUGUUUGUUUUUCAUAAAUACCUCCAGUGCAUCUCUAUCAUUCUAACAUUGCGAUAAACUUGAUGAUGUUGUGCUGUAUGGUAGAAUAAACAAUAGGUGACUGUAAUAUGUCACAUGGAAACUGUUCAUAUUUUGUUAUGAGUAUAAAGUAGCAGCACUUUAAGAUAUAUGACUGAUUAUUUUGUUAUUUACAAUGUGUAAGACAAUACCGAUAAACACCAUUUAUUUUAUAACAUAUCAUUAUGGCAGCACCAUAGAGUACAUACAUUUUCCACCUGUGCAUGCACAUCAAAUCAUAAAGGCACAACUGCAAAUCAAACUGUUUAAACCUCGAUCAUUAAGAUUCAUUUUUAACUGAUAUAUUUAUCUGGUCUUUACAGGACAAAUGAAAAAGAUUAAGAGGUGUCCAUUUAGAGACCUUAAAGCAAGAAUUGCUCAAGCUUUGCCUUUUGGGACCCUCUCUGCACUUCUCAUCAUUUCCUCCAACCUUUUUGUUCCUUAAUAAUUUCUUUCCAUUUUCCCCUUUGUGUGGAUUACUGUAAAUAUGUCUCUUUCUUUCCACGGUUCAAAUCUGUGACUCUGUGGAUCACCAUGGUGAUAUUUUUAUAAAGUAAAUUGCUGAUAAUCGUCAGUGAUUGUAUGUUUUUUGAGUACUUUUUGAUGCCCCGAGCCAGAAGCAAUUAGAGAUUGAGGGAAAUUGCUUCGAUUGUUGAGAUCUGUUGGAUACAAAUUUCUCAUUGCCCAAAACUCCUUGGAAAUUUUUCAUCUUUACCUUCUUUUCUUUGUGUGUAUGGGUCUGCUAUUUGUAAAUAAACUGCCUGUCCAAUAUGAGUGCCUCAUGACUGACUAUAACCUGACAAAUCACAUGUGAAAAUGUUUGUAAAACUAAUCUUUUUGUUUAGCGACCCCCCCUCCCCCUAUUAUACAGUUUAUUUUCAUGAUGCCGGAUUUUCUCCUACUAGCUGUUGCGUGGUUCCACCUGCAUAUCAGAUCCAUGUUAUCACGUGGGACCCAUCAGCUAUGCCUAAUUUUGUUCUUAUGUCACACUGUAAAGUCUGCCUCAAAGGUUAUGUAGCAAUCUGUUCAUUUGUGUAUGUUCCGAAAUGUGGUUGCACUUGAGCAUUAGCACGCCGUCAGAUAAAACCUAGUGACAACAUACAGUGACCACAUGAUUUAGCUACCUUACUGAUGCAUUGAUCAGAUUGAUUCCUGCGCCUGCAAAUCAAUAAUUGAAAGUGUACAGUCCUGCAAAAUAGAUCCUUAUGUAAACAGAUGGAUUUUUACUUCAGGUCACAUUGUUGUGGUGCAUCUGCUUAUGUUAAAACUGUAGAUAAGCCUCAUAUCCUUUUUCUCCAUAUCCUUUAUACUGUAACAAAUCUUUCUUUCAGCACCACAACUGGUGAAACCACCACCAGGAAACCAAAUCACCUUCAAAUAUCUAUAAUCCUCUGGUUAAUAAUAAAAUAAAUUGUUGUUUAAA